AUGCCCGAAACAAUAACCGACCACGCCCGCGACAGCACCCUCGGCACACCCGACAUCCCCUCCUCCCAAACCGUCUUCGUCAUCCACGCCACAACAAAGAUCUCGGCCCCGGCCUCCCUCGUCUUCCGCACCCUGCGCAACACUGACACCUGGCGCGACUGGAACAAAUUCUGCCCGCGCGUCACCAUCAUCCAGCAACCCCCCGAAGCAGAAGAUGAGGCGACCCUCGCCGAGAUUCAGGAAUUGGUGCGCAACACGAGUGUAGCAGGCAGCGUGGACAGUGCGAUCACUGAUGGUGCCGCGGGACAGGGGACGGGUCUGAUCGGGAGGAGGAUGAGUGUGGAGGAGGAAGAUGAUGUGAGGGCGGCGCCGCCGCCAGUUACGACGGUGAGGUUGCGAGCUAGUAUUGCGAGUCAGGGAGGGAGGCCCAGUACGGGGUCAGGGAGGCCGAAGGCGGGAAGUAUGGCGUCGGGGGGUGGGGAGGAUAGCGCGGCUGCUAUGGCGGCGAUGGCAGUCGCUAAUGUAAAUGCUUUGCAGAGUCAGGGUAUCAAUGGGCAGGAUCACGCGAGGAAGCCGAGUGAUGGCACUAAUGGCGGGCAUCGCCUGUCCGCAGCGCAGAAGUUUCAGCAAUCUACCGAGCAGCGCAAAGCCUCGAUCGCGAGCGGCGAGCGGCCUGAGUCACCGAACAACGUCCUUGUUGAGGCGCCGCACGACCCGAACGUUCUGGUCCCGGCGCCAAAGACCCCAGCGGGACAGGAGGCGGCAAAGACACAGCAGAGGCGUACAGCCAGUGUGUCCGCUGCGACGAAGCGCAAAAUGUCUAUCAAUGCCAUCUACGGCGAGCCCAGCGUGCGCAUCCAGAUGAAUACGCGCAUGAAUCUGCAUCUGCGUAUGAGGCUGCUGCAGAAUAGUCUGGGUACAGACCGCGAGCUGGCAGUCAUCGUCAACGAAGUCUCUCGUCCAGAGGACAACGAGGAGGCCCUCUUCCCAGGUGGUGGCAACAGCGGCAAUCCCGCGAUCAACUUGCUUACACCAGACGGCGAGGUCAAUGAAGAGGGUAUGCGUCGCGUCAGCCGCAUGGCGACGCACGUGGCCGCCAAACAGCCGGGCGUGUACCGUAUUGUGUGGAGCAUGAACACGCAGUAUGCGCCGCCGAGAUCGUACCCGAAGUGGAUGCUGCAGGCGCAGAGGGUGCAUGAGAUACGAAAGGUUGUGAGAGGGGAUGGGAAGGAGGAGUGUGUAUAUGAGGAUUGGGAGUGCUGGCGGGGAAUGCUGGCAGGCAGGACGGAGAAGAAGUACAAAAGGUACUGGGUGGAGAGGGCCGAGGGUUGGGGAAAGGGGUUGGGGGAGUACUGUGAAGCGAUGGGCGGUGAUGUGGAGAGGAGAGACUUCGUUGGGCGGUGA